AUGUCAAAGAGCCAUCACUUUGUGCUUUCCGUGCGCGCCGCCGCCUCGUACAUUGUUGUGCUCAUCGACUCUUGCCCGACCGGUCUCGACUUCCCUCCGAGCCGCGCCCGAGGACGGCAUCCCUACUCCCUCCUUCGGGCUAGUGGGCGCCUGAGGGCCGGUUUCGAGUCCACCUACAAACCUCACCAUCACCGCAUCACACUUCAACCUGUGGUGCGGUCGCCCAGCCUGCGAGCUUAA